CGUCGGGUCCGUGAGUCGCAGAGCGACGCAGCUUCGAGGCAUGGCGAGCUCAGCGCAGGCCAGCGUCCUGCCCCGCACGGCACAUGCCGCCAUGCUCAAUCCCUCAGCGCAUUCGAGGCCGCCUCGGGCGACGGUCUGCUGCUCUAGCUCUCGAUCGCAUUGUCUCACCACGCAGCGAGUUUCUUGUUUUUCCAGAGCCUUAAACCCUGCGAAAGAUGGCCGGAUUUCGACGAAAUUCGGCGGAUUUUCGAAUUUGGGAUUCAGUGCAAAUCCGUCUGAGUGGUUUCCUCGUGACAGAGUCGGAAGGGCGGGCUUGGUGUGGCGGGCCUCCGUGGUUUCUGAGGGCGGGGAUUCCCCCGUGUUGAGUUCUCCUCCCGCGCCCGGGAAGCCUUUCAAGAAUCGCCUGCUGGGAAUUUCCAAGUUCGGCAGUGUGAUCAACGAUGCCGCGGAGUCUUUCUUCAAGAGCGAAAUACGACGUCGCAUCUUCGUGACGGUUGCCCUAAUUCUUGCGAGUCGCGUCGGGUACUUCAUUCCCAUACCAGGAUUUGACAGGCGUUUCAUGCCAGGGGAUUACCUUGCAUUGGUGUCAGGAGCUGUAGAGGAGCUGGGAGACCUGGUCUCAGAGUUGAAGCUGGCGGUUUUUCAACUUGGAAUCAGUCCCUACAUUUUUUCUUCAAUUGUUAUGCAGGUGGCUUGUCACUUGAUUCCAUCACUGUCGAAAUUAAGAAAAGAAGGUCUGGAUGGUAACGAGAAGAUCAAGAAAUACACGUGGUGGCUAGCGCUGUUUAUCGCAGUCGUUGAAUCUCUGGUGGUGUCUUUGCACUCCGCACAGUAUUCUCUCUAUUCUGCUGAGAAUAGUUUGGCAUAUGUGAUGCUUACCUCAGGCUUUUUAACCUUGGGAGCAAUGUCAAUAAACUGGAUUUGUGAGAAGAUCACAGAAGCUGGAUUCGGACAAGGCUCAUCUUUGAUCAUAUGUAUCAGUAUCUUGACUGGAUAUUCGGAGAACCUCUAUCGGAUGAUUUCCAACCUUUUAAAUGGGGUCACGAAUUGGGUUCCUUUGGGCCUCUUUCUCGGAUGCUUCAUUCUUAUCACCAUGUGGGCAGUCAUAGUGACAGAAGGCCGACGGAAGGUCAAGCUUCAGUAUUAUGACUUUGAACUUGCGACAUCAGCUGGAAGUACCUCGACUCUCCCGGAGGUCGAACCAUAUAUUCCUUUUAACAUAAAUCCCACAGGCAUGCAACCAGUCCUUACCACUACAUACUUGAUGGCCGUGCCAGCUGUUAUCGCGGGACUUACCGGGAACAAGAUGUGGAUAGGUAUCAGGGACACUCUUAAUCCAGCGUUUCCUGCUGCUCCUGGGGCAAAACCUUGGCUGUACUAUCUUGUAAAUGCUAUGUUCAUUUUCAUCUUCAACGUUCUGGACAUCAUGGAUACGCCAAAGGAGGUGGCCGAUUACAUGAUGAAAAUUGGCGCUCGUAUUCCAAAUAUUAAACCCGGUAGACGGACAAUCGAGUACCUUAGUAAAGUUCAAGCUUCUACACGCUUCUGGGGCGGUUUGCUAUUGGCCCUCUUAGCCACAGUCUCAACUCUGGUGGACUACAGGUUCAGGUCUCUUCAUCAAGGUGGUACCAUUGGUUUCACCUCCAUGCUUAUUAUCGUAGGAUCCAUCGUCGAAUUGCGGAGAUCCUUCAUGGCAUACAAUGUGAUGCCGUCACUAAGCAAGGUCCUUAGACGGUACGGCGUGUAAUUAUGAAGUUCAACUGCCGGUGUACAUAAGCAUCCUCGAGAUCCCCUAUCACGUCUUCGUAAAUGAGGGAAUGAUCGAUGAUUGCUUGCCAUUUUCUACGUCGAAACGGAUUCUCAUGACAGGGUGGGAGUAAAUGUAUUCGGUGGGUCAUUCAAGGCAGUCCUGGGUUCUUCGAGUGAAUCUUGACGGCAGAAAGAAGCUCAUGUGUCGCGUCUGCACACACGAGAAGUCUCUUGGACCUGGUCAGGUACGGAUGAUCUUGAUUCCAGUUUCUGCUGGCAUGAACAUACUUCCGAGUUGGUGUUAAGCGAAAGCCACUUCUAUCUGCCAUAUGUGCAAGCAGAAUAGGAACCACAGAAACCCCCUGAAGUUAGAGAGUGAUAGGUGACCCGCGAAAGGUCUUCCCGAUAGUUUUAGGUGGACAAUUUAGAUUCCUCGUUGUCUUGUAGAAAGUAGAAAACUACAGUGAGAAGGUUACAGGAGACCCUGCGGAGGUCAAAAUCUCCCCUGAAUUUUGUUCAGCUGAUAAGCCGGGAGGUGCAUUAGGAUUGCAAUAAAGACGUGCCCUACAUUUC